CCAGCUCAUCUGCCUUUCCGAGGGCCAUCUGGUCCCAUCGCUGCGUUUUCCACCUGCUUCAGACGGUUCGUUGGAAGAGCAACCGCGGGGUGAAAACAACAACAGACCUGUUGCACCUUCUUCGGUCUAGGAGAACUAAAAUGCAAUACUUCUUUCUUCUCCUUCUGUUCAUGGAGGUUUUCUCCACAUCCAGCAGCGCAUCGUGUGAGAAAGGCUGCAACUGUCACGAGGCACUGAAACUCACCACUUGCGCUAAUGCUUUCCUUACCCAACUGCCCACUCACGUCCCCCCUUACACGGAACACCUGGACCUAUCCACGAACCUUUUGAGCUUCCUACCGCGUAGCUCAUUCCAGAUGGAACGCAAACUGCGAGCUCUGCUUUUAAACAACAACAAUAUCAGCGAUGUGGCGGAUGGGGCCUUCACUCAGUUGGAGGUCCUUCAGAAACUGGACCUGAGCAGGAACAGGCUCUUGUCUCUGAGAGAGGGCUUCACCCUGGGCCUGAGCGCUCUGAAGGAUCUACAGCUAAGCCACAACCUCCUACACACCCUGGACAGCCGGAGUUUUAUGCGUCUAGACAGUCUGGAGAGGCUCAACCUGACUGGCAAUGCCAUCCAUACCAUCCAGAUAAGGGCGUUUGGUUUCAUGAGCACCUUGCGCCAGCUGCACCUGGGGGACAACCGCCUCGUCUCCCUUAAUAACGGUGUGUUCUCCAUGCUUCGGUCGCUGGAGGUCCUCAACCUGCGAGGGAACCAGAUCAGCAAGACGGAAAUGGGAGUCUUCACCCCCCUCACCUCCCUAGCCCUGCUCAACCUGGCCCAGAAUCGGAUGAGAACGAUCUAUUUCAAGACAUUCCUAAGCAUACACACUUACAGCACCCACAUACUCCUGGAAGGGAACCCUUGGAACUGCGACUGCGACCUGCAAAGAGUUUUCCAUAAACUGCGGAGUGUUCACAGGCUCUUUCUGGACGAUUACUAUAAUCUCAGCUGUAAUGCCCCGGCAGAGCUGGAGAACUGCAGGCUGAUGGAUGUGGACACACAGCUGUGUAUCGCAGAGACAGUUACCGUGCUGGUUAUUACCAUCACUGUGGUGAUAACGGUCUUGGCAGCCAUCGUCAUGGCAGAGAGGAAAAGGAAGAAGCGGAAGAAGAACAGCGAAAACACUGGACGGAGCAGAGCAACAUGUCUGAAGACUCUGAUCAGUAGGGAUGUGUUUCUUCAUGGCAACACAAUCUUUUUGAUACACUUAUCCCUCUAAAUCUCUCUGGGACAUCUCUCUGGGACACAUUUCAAAGGGCAUUUAGUACUAGGCUAUAACUAUUUCACCAUGUAUUGACAUAAAUGUAUUAAUA